AUGGACACGACUUCGACGCCUGUGGAUCCGGGGCUGGCAGCCCAGAACAUCUCAUGGCUUGCUCUGCUCAUCAUCAUCCUGGUCCUCUCAUUGGCAACUAUCAUUGUCGGGCUCCGCUUCUACACGAGGGUCGUGCUGCUGAAGCAGCUGGGGCUUGAUGACUACUUUGUCCUAUUGACAUUGGGCUUCGCCGUAGCCACCGGCGGCGCCGUCCUCUCAACCAUCCCUUACGGCCUCGGAAGGCGUACUGCAACACUCGAUCCUUCAGUCAUUCCCUUGUAUCUUCGAUCCUUUUGGGUCUCCAUUGUCUUGUACAAUGCGACUCUCAUGAUGAUCAAACUCACCUUCUUAAUCCAGUACUACCGCGUACUUGGGGUGUACAAGAUGAAGAGAGUGAUAUGGAUGACCGGACUGGUCAUCAUGAUGUGGGCUUUCUCGCAGUUGCUCGUCGUCAUCUUCAGCUGCUCGCCCGUCCAGAAGUUUUGGCUGGCCGACUUGGAAGGACAGUGCAUGCCCAAUUUACCAUUUUGGUACAUCAAUGCCGCUGGAAACAUCGUCACGGAUCUCGCGAUCCUCAUCCUCCCGUUACCCGUCCUAGCGAAACUAAAGCUUCGUCGGCAGCAGAAAUAUAUCCUCAUUGGCAUCUUCUGUCUGGGAUUAUUCACCUGCGCCAUCUCGCUCAUCCGUCUCAGCUACCUCAAGCAAGGCCCCGACUUCACGUGGGACAAUGUCCCAACAUCUGGCUGGUCCGUCAGUGAGCUGUGCUCUGGCAUAAUAUGCGCAUGUCUUCCGACUCUUCGGCCGUUAAUGUCUAAGAUCAAGCCGCAAUGGAUGGUCAGUUAUGCGUCACGGUCACGGAGGACCAAACAAGAGUAUGGAGACAGGAAUCACUACGGCGCCAAUUCAGGUAAAAUCAAGGCGAUGAGCAGCAGUACUGGAAAUUCGAGGAGCACCCGCGAGAGCAAGGACCCUAGCCUCUUCGUAAGCUCAAAGGAGCUUGGCUCAUCAAACUACACCAGACUCGGGGACAACGACAUCGAAAUGGCAAUUCCGGCACCUCCAAGCCCGUCGUUCCAGGCGGAUAGAAGCAGGUUUGACGACGCACGAUCUUCGACGGACGGUGAGAAUACAUUUGACGCAGCACUUGCCCAAGGCCCUCGGGUGGACAAAAAAGAUAUUCCGAUGCAGAGUCUAAGCUCUCGAACAAAGCCUCAGCUGGUCCAAUCUCAAGGAACAGACGGCAUCGAAUCAAGGAGGGAGUUCAGCAACCGUGGCAAGGAGAACGACAAGGCAAUGGAAAUACUGGGCGUCGAUCAAUACGACACGGGCAUCACGACACACAUCGUGGCGGACAAAGGGCCAUCCUCGAUGUUCCCCCAGCACUCGCGAGCUGUCAUCAAGUCAAAGUCAGGUGCCAACUUAUCGGGGAUCGAGGUAAAGACAGACGUCAUUGUCUCGACUACACCGUCGCCUGUGACCAGGCCAAAAGACGUGCGAUGA